ACUUGAAACUGCACCUCCAGAGCACAGACUAUGGAAACUUCCUGGCCAAUGAAGCCUCCCCGCUCACCGUCUCAGUCAUAGAUGACAAGCUGAAGGAGAAGAUGGUGGUGGAGUUCCGUCACAUGAGGAACCAUGCCUAUGAGCCCCUGGCAAGUUUUCUGGACUUCAUCACGUACAGCUACAUGAUUGACAAUGUCAUUCUGCUCAUCACUGGGACUCUGCACCAGCGUUCCAUCUCUGAACUAGUGCCCAAGUGCCAUCCUCUGGGAAGUUUUGAGCAGAUGGAAGCCGUGAACAUUGCUCAGACACCUGCGGAGCUUUACAAUGCGAUCCUGGUGGACACUCCCCUGGCUGCUUUCUUCCAAGACUGCAUAUCUGAACAGGACCUGGACGAAAUGAACAUCGAAAUCAUUCGAAACACACUGUAUAAGGUAAAUGA